GCAGGUCGAAACAGGUCAGACUGGCCCGGUGAGUUUCACUCACUGCGGCGCGGAUCUGGGAUCUGCUCGAUAACAAAAGAAAGGAGACAGACGGGGUGUUUUUCACCUGCUUCACUUAGCAAAAACAGACAGAGAAACAGCAGCGGUGAGCACAGAGACCUGCACGGAUGUCUUCAAUAGGAGUUCGUUCUGUCACCAGGUUCGACCGAGUGCGGGAGAUCCCUCACUAUGACCAGGUGCCUGUAGAUUCCUUAUGGCUGGAUCAGGAUCUCCCCUUGCCCCCGCCCCCCAUGCAUGGAUCAGUACCGGCUGUCAGCUUAGACCCCCUUCCUCCUCCCCCUCUACCUGAUCAGCCAGCUGUUGGGCCUGAUACUUUUUCCCCCUCCAGCCAUGAUGACCCAGCCGAGGGCAACUCUGAUUCCAUGGACAUUAAGCCAGUCCAUCGCUUCAUCCCCGACUCUGUCAAGAACUUCUUCCGUGGCAAUAGCAGUAACCGUGGCAGCAAGGGUAAGGCCAUACCUCCACCAUCUAUAUCUUCCCCUCACUCGCCUGCACCCUCGUCCAGGAAGAGUGACAACUGUCACACCACGGGAGGGGUCCCCUGCUCACCCCCCCACUCUGCCCCUCCAUCACCGUCCCUUCCCGGUUCCUAUUGGGACCGCAACGGCAGCUCUGGGGCCAGCUACAACAAGGAGCAUGACGGCCUGUUGCUGGGUGCUGAAGCACUCAGCUCAGUGCCCACCAAUCUCUCAGCCCAGACCUAUCAGGAGCGGGUGGAAGAGUAUCACCUGCGCUACGCUUACAUGAAGUCCUGGGCCGGCCUGCUGAGAAUCUUGGGUUGCGUGGAGCUACUGCUUGGAGCGGCUGUGUUUGCCUGCGUCUGUGCUUAUGUUCAUAAGGACAAUGAAUGGUUCAAUAUGUACGGAUACUCUGGGCCACAGCUGUACGGGGGGCUUGGUGGAGGUACUGGUGGAUAUGGGGGGGGUUACUACACAGGCCCCAAAACUCCUUUUGUCCUGGUUGUGGCUGGUCUUGCAUGGAUAGUGACUGUUAUUCUGGUCGUUCUUGGGAUGUCCAUGUACUACAGAGCCAUUCUUCUAGACUCUUCUUGGUGGCCACUCACAGAGUGUUCCAUCAACCUGGUCUUGGCAGUGCUUUUUAUAUCAGCAGGGGUAGUGUAUGUGAGGGACACCACCCGAGGGGGGCUGUGCAACAUACCAGUCUUCAAUAAUGGAAUAAACGGGGCAUUUUGUCGCACGGAGGCCGGCCAGACAGCAGCCAUCGUCUUUCUCUUCAUCACCAUGGUGCUCUACUUCAUCAGUGCAGGAGUGUGUCUGAAGCUGUGGAGGCAUGAAGAAGCCAGGAUGAGGAAGGAGCGCCUGGCAGAGGAGUUGGGUCCGGGCUCUAGGGCCUCAGAGCAGACUCCUCUCCCCACCAUCCACCCAGACAUCAUGGAUACCCCAAACAACCCUGUAGCGGCUCCUACUAUAGAACCAGAGAUCCUUCAAGGUCACAUCCCAGCUGGAUACAUCCCCAAACCUGUUGUCAUAGCCGACUAUGUGGCGAAAUACCCCAGCAUACGCUCAGAGGAGGAGAGGGACCAGUACAAGGCUGUGUUCAAUGACCAGUACGCUGAGUACAAGGAGCUGCACUCUGAGGUCCAGGCAAUGGCCACAAAGUUUGAAGAGAUGGACGAGAUGAUUCAGAACCUUCCCUCACGGCCAUCCAGCCAAAUGGAUAAGGAGCGGAUCAGUGGCAUUUUGAUGGAAUAUCAGCGGAAGAAAGCUAGAAUACAGGCUCAGGAACUUCUGCAUCGUCUUCAUUUUAUGAACACAGUGACUAUGUCCAUUUUCUUUAUACAGUCUAUGGUUGCACUCCUGAAGGACCCAAAUUACUUGGAAAAGAGGGAGAGGUGUGAGUACCUGAAGAACAAACUCUCUCAUAUCAAACAAAAGAUUCAUGAGUACAACAAGCGCUUCAUCGUCGCUACUGUUCGCUUCGUGAUCAGACGGUUUCAUCAUACGAGCCAUAGCAGCAGACACAGACACAGUGAGCUCAUGUCCAACCCAGCCUUUUCCUACUACCCAGGAGACAAGAUGUUGCACUUCUAUCGCUGGACUUCACCACCAGGCGUGAUGAAGAUACUGUGCAUCAUCAUCGUCAUCAUGUGUGUGGCUGUGUUUGCCUGUGUGGCCUCCACCAUGGCCUGGGACUACGAUAUGAGCCUCAUGGGUAUGGGAGGUGGAACUGGCUUGAUGCCGGGUUAUGGCGGCUCAUACGGUGGUUCAUACGGUGGCUCCUAUGGCGGCAGUUACGGCAGCUCGUAUGGAGGCGGCAGUGGUGGCAUUGGCGGUGGUUCCUAUGGCUCUGGCUAUGGAGAAACGCAAAUGGAUCCGAAAGCUGGCAAAGGCUUUAUCAUUGCCAUUUCUGGCAUUACCUUUAUAGCUGUGCUCAUCAUAUUCGUGUUGGUUGUUUCGAGGCAGAAUGCUGCACGCUCACCAAAGUUCUAUCUAGCAACCAUCAUCAUCUGUGCCAUCUUAGCAUUUCUGAUGAUCAUCGCCACCAUUGUGUACCUGGUGGCAGUGAACCCAACCGCUCAGUCCACAGGCUCUAUGUACUACAGCCAGAUCCGCCAGCUGUGUGCCCAGUACCAGACACAGACCCAGGCUCAGGGCAUCUUCCUCAACCAGUACCUCUACCAUUACUGUGUAGUGGAGCCCCAGGAGGCCAUCGCUAUUGUUCUGGGCUUCCUGGUAUUUGUUGCCCUCAUCAUCCUGCUGGUCUUUGCAGUCAAGACUCGCUCAAAGAUGAGACGCUGGGGCCCAGAGCGCAUUCUCUGGGAAGAAGUGAAGGUCAUCACAGAUGGUCCGCACAACAGUGUCGGGGAGUGGGUGAACAAUGUGUCUGGUGAUCCAGAGAUACUGGUGAAUGACUAUAAUGCCAAAGUCGGGGGUUCAAGGGACUAUCUUGACCGACUGGACCACAACAAACCUCUUUACCUGCCAGGAGAUUCGGACAUAAGCAGCUCUGUGGCCGGCCUGAAGCCCAGGCUGAGGGACUAUGACACUAGUGCAGAAUCUGGCGAUGACCUGGAGGAGGAGGACUUCAGCUCUUUGUUACCUUCCAUUGUGGAUGAGCAAGAACGUCUGACCUACAAACGGGAGUUUGACCGGGAUCACCAGGAGUACAAGGACCUGCAGGCUGAGCUGGAUGGCAUAAACCAGUACCUGGCUGACUUGGACAGAGAGCUAGGCCGACACCCUGAGGGCAGUCCACAGUUCCUGGAUGCCAUGAGUGAGUACACCAGACUGAAGAAUCUCAAGAAGUCCCCAGGCUACCAGAUAAAGAAGAAGAGGUGUAAAUAUCUCAGGUCAAAACUGUCGCACAUCAAGAGGAAGAUCAGCGAAUACGACCGCCGACCUUGAACCCUCACCUCUGACCCCUUUGACAAAGGGGAAGUGUCUAAUCUGCAAUUUUUCACAUGUCUGAGUUUAUCAAACAUUUUGUCAUUAUUAUAGUGAAAGAUUUGUUGCUUUAUCUUUCAUCUUUCAUCUGUAUCAAGCAAAGGAACUACGUUUUUUUUCCAGAGAUGAUGUGGGUGAAGGAAAACAUUUUUAAAUUUGUUUAUGUAUAUCUAUCGUCUUUGAUCAAUUCUUAAACCUCUGUAAGUUUCUCACAAAUAACAAUUUUUAAGAACAAUUAAGGUCUUUAUCUCUCCUGAAGAUGGAAAAUGAGAGAUGUGAUGUGAAAUGUUUUGGUUGCAGUACUAGUGAAGCAGUUAUUGUGCUUCUUUUAUAGCUUAAAAAAAAUCAUGUUUGACAGUUUCCUGUACAGUGAAGGUGCAGCUACGACAUGAAUGUGUGACACAAAGUCACUGACAUAUCUUGUAAAUAAUGUAAAUUUUUAAUUGUCACAAACAAUUCAAAUUGUUCUGUAAUGAGCUUUUUUGUCCUGUUUCUAUUAAUGAUGAAACUACUGUCCUUUAAAGGAAUCGCCAAACUAAUGUAAGUGAUGAAGUGAAGGCUUCUUUCCCUUAAGGUGUGUUAUCAACAUGUCAGACAUUUGUCUUUUACUAUAAUUCAGGUAAUUUCCAUGUUGUUCAAAAACCAAUAAACUAUUCCUCCCUGCAACAA